GCCACAUGCCAAUGUCACUGUGUUAGUCUUUUUAAUCCGCUUGCUUAGCUGGCCAAGUCUUAAUUUAUUAUUUUUGGCUGUAAUAAAACCAACUCGCUUUUAAUUUAAACAAAAUUAUUAAAAAAGCCAUUGUUUGCAAUAUGCAGGGUCCAGCCAUUUUUAUGGACAUAUCGCUCGAAGACCAAGCACAAGAACUCAGAAAGUAUUUUAAAAGUCUUGGUGCAGAAAUAUCCGAGGAAAAGUCUCCAAAGGGAAUAGAAGAUGAUUUACAUAAAAUAGUUGGUGUGUGUGAUGUUUGCUUGAAAGAAACUAACGAAAAUGAAAUCGAAGCCAUCCUAAACAGUAUUGUUUCUAUAAUGGUUUCCAUACCAUUGGAAAGGGGUGAAAAUCUUAUUGUGGCAUUCAGUCAAAGGCUUGGUAAAUCACCAGGUCCCAAAGUUGGAUUGAUAGCUUUACAGUCUCUAUGGAGGUUGUAUAAUAACUUAGAGGCCAAUUCCCCAUUAAGAUACCAUGUGUAUUACCAUGUGAUUGAGCUUGCUGCACGUGUUGGCGCUGUCAAGGAUGUGUUCUCAGGUGUGGAGCAUCUAAAGAAAGAAUUCUCUAGCUGCCCACCCUCUAAUGAACAGAUGCAAAAGUUAUACAGAUUACUGCAUCAAGUGUUAAAAGAUCAUAACAGUGAAUUAGCUUCAAAGGUCAUGAUAGAGUUACUUGGCACAUACACAGAUGAGAAUGCAUCAUAUGCCAGAGAAGAUGCUAUCAAGUGCAUAGUCACUGCACUUGCUGAUCCAAACACAUUCCUAUUGGACCCAUUGCUGUCAUUGAAACCUGUUAGGUUUUUGGAAGGAGAGCUGAUAUAUGAUUUACUCACAAUAUUUGUAUCGGAGAAACUUUCAAGUUAUUUAACAUUUUAUCAAAAUCACAAAGAGUUUGUACAGUCUCAAGGGCUUAACCAUGAACAGAAUGUGAAGAAGAUGAGAAUAUUGUCAUUUAUGCAGAUGGCGGAGAGCAAUCCCGAAAUAACCUUUGAUGAGAUGAUAACUGAACUUCAGAUUGAUGAGAAGAAUGUUGAAGCUUUUAUCAUUGAAGUGCUGAAGACAAAGUUGGUGCGCGCGCGCAUGGACCAGGCUGCGCGUACAGUGCGCGUGACUAGCACAAUGCACCGUACGUUUGGACCUGCGCAGUGGCAGCAACUGCGCAGUGUGCUGCUCGCCUGGCGCGCUAAUGUACAUCAAGCACACGAAUCCAUGAAGUCCGUCGCCGCCGCACAGUUGGAGUACACCGCACAGCAACAGAAAGCAUAAAAUUUCAGACAAUAAAGUUUUUA